CUCCUUCACACACCCAGCAACUUGUGUGGCAGAUCACAACUCCAAACAACGUAUUGCUAAACUUGUAAACUUUCCACUGUGACCUUCCUUUACAGUGAGGUAAAAUCAAUAAUUGCUUAUUUUUCCAAUCGCCCUGUAUUUUUCCUGAAUUUGAGAUAACCUUGUGAAGGUGACCCGUUCAGAUAAGUGGUAAUCCUAAUAUUUACUGUGUACUAGCAGUUAUCGGGCACAAGUCAGAAUGGGUGCCGACGACAACCUCACUGCUGUGCUGUACGGAGUGAAUGACCUUCGAUUGGAGCAACGACCGAUUCCUGUACCGACGGACGAUGAGGUCCUGUUGAAGAUGGAUGUGGUCGGAAUAUGUGGGUCGGACGUGCACUACUUGGUGCACGGUCGUAUCGGGCACUUUGUUGUGGAGAAACCGAUGGUCAUUGGUCAUGAAGCUGCCGGGACAGUGUCGAAGGUGGGGAAGAAUGUCACACACCUAAAGCCAGGCGAUCGUGUUGCCAUCGAGCCCGGCGUGGGCUGUCGAAAAUGCGAUCACUGUCGCGGCGGUCGUUACAACCUCUGCGACGAGAUGGCGUUCUGCGCGACACCUCCGUACGACGGUAAUCUCGCCAGGUACUACACGCACGCCGCCGAUUUCUGCUUCAAGCUGCCCGACCACGUGUCCGUCGAGGAGGGGGCGCUUUUGGAACCCCUUUCCGUUGGUGUCCACGCGUGCAAGCGGGGCGACGUUCGGUUCGGGUCCGUCGUCUUGAUCCUGGGCGCCGGUCCAAUCGGAUUGGUCACGCUGCUAGCGGCGAAAGCUUUCGGCGCUUGCCACAUAGUCAUAACAGAUAUCUUGCAGUCGAGGUUGGAUAAAGCCAAAGAAAUGGGCGCAGAUUACGGCGUCCUCGUGCAAUCCGGCGAAUCUGACGAGGCCGUUGUACAGAACGUAAUCGCGGCUCUAGGGUGUCGACCGACUGUCAGCAUUGACUGUGCAGGUGUCGAACUAACAACCGCCGUCGCCAUCAAGGCUACCGUCUCCGGUGGCAUGGUGGUGCUUGUAGGCUUAGGCGGUAAUCCCACCAUGAAUGUGCCCAUCAGUGACAUUCUGCUUCGAGAGGUGGACGUUCGUGGAGUAUUUCGCUACGUCAAUGAUUAUCCAACUGCGUUGGAAAUGGUUGCGUCCGGAAAGAUUGACGUGAAGCCGCUAAUUACUCACAAUUACAAAAUGGAGGACACAAUGAAAGCAUUUCACACUUCCAGAACUGGCGAGGGGAAUGCCAUUAAAGUUCUAAUACACGCUAAUCCCCAAUGGGGCCACUAAACAUGGUUGUUGCAUUUAAUUUGCUAUGUACUUAUGAUAUAAGUUAAACGCUGGCAAUAAAAAUUAAGAAUAGAGGGGUUACUAGAGGGGCCUCGAGAGCAUAAACACUUCUUACAGU